GAGUUUUUCCAUAUGACUGGACCAAUUCAUGGGGUAAAUUCGAAAAAACAGCCCUACCACGCAGAAAAGAUUUCUAUUCUCUACUUAACCAGCAAAACAUUAGUAAGGCGGACUAUGCCUAUGCCCAAGAAGUCUGGCAAAAAUUCGAAAUGAAAAAUUUUGGUGAAUACCAUGAUUUAUAUCUUGAAACAGAUGUACUCCUCCUUGCCGAUGUAUUUAUGAAUUAUACCAUUAUGUGUUUGAAAGAUGAUGGCUUAGACCCAUCCCAUUAUGUUUCAGCCCCUGGUAUGUUUAAUGAUUCUUUAUACAAAAGCAGUGGGGCCGAAAUAAAACUUCUGACAGACCUAGAUCAAUAUAUGUUAGUAGAGAAGGGCAUUCGUGGUGGCAUGUCUAUGGUUAGUCAACGUUAUGCCAAAGCUAAUAAUCCGCAGUGUCCAGAUUAUGAUAAAAACAAGCCAACAUCAUAUAUAUUAUAUGAGGAUAUGAAUGCCUUAUAUUCUGGCGCCAUGACGCAAUAUUUACCAACAGAAAUUUUAGGUAAAGUAGCCCCCGAGGAAAUCCCUAAUAUUUUAGAAAUUCCGAUUGAUGCUGAAGAGGGCUAUUUACUUGAAGUUGAUGUUGAG